AUUGCAAUUUUUGAGUAGUAAAAGUUUUGAGUGUCAGUGAUGUACAGCAGUACUAAAUUACAGUCAUUUCUACAUUUGUGCUGAUUGUUGAGUAUCAGUGAUGUCAGUAGUAGUGAUUUCCAGUGAUACUCGUGUACAGUACUACUCAUUUAUAGAGCUAAAUGGUAGAGACACCAGGGUAACUGCAGGAUGACACUGCUGUACAAUCAGCUAAUUUACACACACACACACACACACACAGUAUUCUCACAAAUACUCUAGUAUUGUGUAGUGUUUGUAUGAACCAAAAUAAAAAGGUUCACAAACAGAAACCUGUAGUCAUCUUUUCAUCAUCAUCGCCUCCAUCAUCAUUGUCAUCUUUCAGAGUCAUCGCGGUUUCUGUGGGCUGGGCUCAGGUUUAUGACUUUAUGGCUCUCCUGAUCAAAGUCCUCACCACACCUGACCCACUUUGUCUCAUCACACACACAUAUGAACAUAAAGAUCCUCUCCUGGAGCUAAAACUGAGUUUAGACCAAGACUGGAAGCCUGGAUUUAAUUGUUAGAUUUUUGUGAUCAGGGUGGAUAGGUUGUUUUGUGUACGCUGAGGUGUGUGAGUGUUGUGGCCUAUUAUAGUUUGUGUAGCAGUAGCAGUGUGUGUGUUAGGGUGUGAAGAUGUCGAUGGCUAUGGAGAUUCUGGGUUUUCUGAUGUGUGUUGCCGGCUGGUUGCUCACCGGAGUGUCUCUGGCCAACGAUUUCUGGCGCGUUACAUCUUUCGCCGGUAGUGUGAUUACCUCAACCCGCCAGUACCAGAACCUGUGGCACGCCUGUGCCGAGGCCAGCACCGGGAUCAAGAACUGCAGGCAGUUUGAGUCCAUGCUGGCUCUGGAAGGUUACGUGCAGGCAUGUCGAGCUCUGAUGAUCAUAGCUCUGCUGUUCGGGCUGUUCUCCAUCAUUCUUUCGGCUUUGGGUCUCAAAUGUACCAAACUGGGCAGCAUGUCGGACGAGGGCAAAGGGCGCCUCACACUGACCGCCGGAGCCUUGUUUAUACUGUCAGGGGUGUGUGUGCUGAUUGCGGUGUCUUGGUACGCUGCUCGCAUUGUGCAAGAGUUUAAUGAUCCUUUUUAUAUAGGAACACGGUUUGAACUGGGGGUUGGGCUGUAUCUGGGCUGGGCGGCAGCAGUGUUGGUGAUUCUGGGAGGUGGAAUGCUGUGUGGAUCUUACAGAAGAGCAUCACCAAGGACAAAUGCAGGGGCAUACAGCUAUAACUACUCUGGUCAAGGUCAGAAGAUCUAUAAAGCCACUCCUACAACAGAGAGCGGUAGCUCCAAAGCAUACGUCUGAAACCAACAACAUCUCUACAGCCCACAGCAGACUGAGCUUAUUUUUAUAAACCCUUUCCCUGUUUCAGUACAGGUCAUAACAUCCCCUCUCCCACCUCACCUUGCUGUUUCUCUUCAGGGAUCCCUGAUUCAUUCUUAAAAUAUCUUUGGUUACUACUGUAUAUUAAUAUUAAUAUACUACUGUAUAUUAGCUGAACUGAAGCUGUUUUUUUUCAUGCAUUUGGAAGGGUGAUUGGAUAGGGUUGCCGCCUGUCCAGGUUUUACCUGAAUUGUCCUCUUUUUAACAGUCAGUCCCGGAAAAAAUUAUAAUUAAAUGAAAACCCCAGUUCCAGUAAAGUUGGGAUGUUGUGUAAAACAUACAUAAAAAUAGAAUAUAAUAAUUUACAAAACCCUUUUCAUCUUAUAUUCAGUUGAAUUCACUACAAAGACAAUAUAGGUAAUAUUUACACUAAUAAACUUUAUUGGUUUUUGUAAAUAUUCACAUUGUGAAGAAGUUGGACAGGAUCAUGUUUAGCACUGUAUUCUUUUUUUCACCUUUCCUUCUAACAUUCAGUAAGUGUUUGAGAACUAAGGAGACAAAUAGUUGAACUUUAUAGGUGGAAUUCUUUUCCAUUCUUGCUUGACGUAGAACUUAAGCUGAUCAACAGUGCGGGUCUCCGUCAUCGUAUUUUGUGCUUCAUAAUAUGCCACACAUUUUCAGUGGGAGACGGAUCUGGACUGCAGGCAGGCUGGUAUAGAACCACCACUCUUUUAUUAUUAAGCAGUGCUGUUGUAAUGUGCUGCAUUGUCUUGAAAUGACUUAAUAUUUAAGAACAACAACAUUUAAUAAAUUAGGCUUAAUGUAUGUAAUGUAAUUAGGCUUAGAAUGUAAUGUGAUGCAGAUACAGCUUCAUUCUUUUAGCUUUCUAGCUAAAUGCUACACAGCUAACAACAACACAAAAAAUAGAAUUGGCAUCCAUUCAGAGGGAGUAUAUUUUAAUUUAUUUAUUUUUUCUCUAACAAAACCAUGUUUGGGUCUUGUGUUUAGGAAUGUUCCCUGUAUUUAUUCCAAUAUUCCUCAUAAUAAACAGGGAAAGAAAAGUCAUGGUUAUAAGGUUGUAAGGUUGGUGUAAGGUUGGAGAGGGGAUGUUAAAACCAGUAAUGAAACAGGGUCUUGUUUCUGAAAUGUGUGUAUAGCUGUUGAUUGUGUAUUUGCUGUGCUCCUGUAUUAACAAUGCUGGUGUGAGUCUGUGUUGGUUGUUACAUUCUCAGAUGAAGGCUGUAUUUGUGUGUUGUGGAAUUGUGUGCUGUGUUAUUCCAUUGUUUAGAAUGGUAAAAUUGAUGAUAAAGUAGUCACUAGUCGUCUUCUUUUUCUUUCGGCUUUUCCCUUUUCAGGGGUUGCCACAGCGAGUCAUCAUCACCUUGAUGAACUUGGGACCGGCACAAGAGAUACACUAGCUUGUGCUCCCUAGUGGCUGGUUUAAAGUAGUCACUGGAUAGUAAUGUUAUUAAAAGCUUCUCUGUGAUAAAUGUUACCCUCUGGUCAUUAACACUGCUAACAAUCAAUCAAUCAAUCAAUCAAUCAAUCAAUCAAUCAAUCAAUCAGUACAUUGGGGGUGGCCCUCAUUUACAAUGUAGCCGAGCUUCAUAUAUACAAAAACAAAAUAUGUAUAAAUAUAUAAGAUAUUAUGAAAUAAGAUACAACACAAAUUAGGCUAAAGAAAUGAUAAAGGAUGUGAGAAUGUGGUGACAAUGUGACAAUAUUUUUAACAUGCAUUCAUGAAUACUUUUAAUAAUGUAUAAAAAAUUACGUACUGCAAUAGUCAAUUUGAUAUUAAAAAUCAUUUCCACACAUAAAUAACAACAUGCCCAUAUACCCAUAUAAUUCUUUUUCUUGUGUUUUUUUAAUUACCUAGCUAAAAGAGUUUUAUAUGUUUAACAUUAAAGGUGUUUUGCUGUGGAACUUUUUCUACCUCAGUGAAACUCUGCUGUUACGUAUAAAAAUCUCUUAACGGUUCUACAGAGAACCAUCAAUUGAACCAUUCCUACCACAGAAAUCAAUUAAAGAAUGCUUUGUGUUUUUUUUUUUUGUUGUUGUUUUUUUAGGAAACAUUGAAUGAUUUAAGAACCUUUGUUUUAAGAUAAAAUAUUGUUUUGUGUGAUUUUGUCACUAUUAAAAAUGGUAUGAAUUUGACAAUAUAAUAUAUUAUACAUCUAUUUAAAUUUAAAUUUGUUGCUAGAACAUUAAUUUCCAUUUAGUUCCUUGUUUAUACAUGUAGAAAAUGUAACUUUGCUCAAUUGAAUACUGUUAGUAAUGUGGGAAAUCUUACGAAGAAACCUUGUUUUACCUUGAAUAUAUUGACAAGUAUCUCACAAUCAUGAUUACUUAUCUUGUAUCUAAAAUUACAUAAUCACCUGUGAAACCCUGUAUUUUGUAUGCAUUAACCAAUACUUACACCACAUUUAAUCACUUUAUUACUCACAGUAUAUCUUACACACAUUUAUAUAGAAAACUAACCAUUAACCACCAUAUUCUUCACGUAUAUAGUGAAACAUUGUUUUUAACAAGCAUGUGACUAAACACAGGCCUUAGGCUGACAAACUAACCCACAUGAUACAUAAACGUAUAGACCUAAUUGUAUAGCGGACGAAUCACGCGCCACUGACACCUCACUGAAACCCAUUGUGUGAUUGCAUGUUUUUCUCACUAACAGCUACAAAAUCAGCAGAUAGUGCAUUCUGCAUGACCUCGCUUAAUACAGAGACUUUUGGGCAAACAAACGGUCUUUCUCUCUCCGUGCACGUAAAGUCCUUCACCUGUCAAAUUGAGGAGGGCAUGCGCACGGGGAGAGAAACAUUGUCUAAUUACUGAACAAUGCCGUGCUGUCUGGCUACUCAUUCUCAAGGCCAUACACUAGCGAAUCUUGAGCUCUAACACGUAACACCAUGCCUGCUGACAUGGGAUGAUUUUUAGCAACGCCUCAUCGGCAGAUAUCACGUCAUUUUUGGUAUAUACAUGGAGUCAGAUCAUUAGAGGUUCAGAACGUAUGCUGGACGGUCGUAACCGUGUUUGUAUGUUCUCCUGAAUUCAGUAAUAAAUACUUGUUUUGCUUUCAACUUCA